AUGAGACGAAAUGGAAGAGGAGCUACAAAUCAAUUAGAAGAAGAGACCGAUGCCGAGAACAUUUGUGUUGAUGAAAUCUGCCACAUAUCAGAUGAGCUUUUGCAAAUCGACGACCCAAGCCAGGUAACACUUCGUUCCAAAAUGUGUUGCGAACUUAUUGUUAAUGACAUUCCUUUUAUUUUUCAAAUAGAUACUGGGUCACCUGUAACUGUUGUCGGUCUAUCAGAUGCAAAGAAACAAUUUGGCAAACUUCAUUUACAAAAAAACGAUACGGAGCUGGUUAGUUUUUGCGGAAAGAAGCUGGAAUGCUUUGGUUAUGUUAACGUCAAGGUUAAAACAAAGCAAAACGUGGUUAACCUCAAAAUGUACAUCGUUCGAUCGCAACGAAACCCUUUGCUUUGUCGUGAAUGGCUUCGACAGAUCAAAUUAGAUUGGGGUCAACUUUUCGAAAAACAAUUAGAUACAGUAAUGCAAAUACAACAAGACAAAGCUAAAUUCUCAGUAAUUGACGAACUAGUUAAUAAGUACCCUAAGGUAUUUUCCAAAACAGCAGGAAAAAUUGCAGGAAUACAGGCACGGUUACAUAUGAAAGAAAAUGCCUCCCCGAUUUUCAUCAAAGCGCGUCGCGUGGCAUUUCCAUUAAUAAAAGCGGUUGAAGAUGAGCUGGAGAACUUAGUAGCAAGCGAUAUUUUGGAAACAGUGGAUACGUGUGAGUGGGCUACACCGAUAGUUGCUGUUCGCAAGCGAAAUAACCAAGUUCGAAUCUGUGGCGAUUAUAAAGCCACAGUCAACAAAUUUUUAAAUAUCGAUGAAUAUCCGUUGCCAUCAAUUGAUGAACUAUUCACCUCAAUGGCUGGGGAAAAAAAAUUUACAAAAAUCGACCUGGCCAAAGCCUACUUGCAGUUAGAAAUACACCCAGAUGGUCGUGAUUAUCUAACGUUGAGCACCCAUAAAGGGUUAUAUCGGCCUAAAAGAAUGAUGUUUGGGAUCGCGUGUGCACCAGAAAAAUGGCAACGGCAUAUGGAGCAAAUUUUGAGUGAUAUCCCAGGUGUAAAAGUGUUUUUAGAUGACAUAAAAAUCACAGCGGAAAAUGAUUCGGUUCACUUACAGCGUUUGGAAGAAGUACUUCGAAGAUUAAAUCAUUACAAUAUGCGAGUGAAUUUGGAUAAGUCUGAAUUUAUGGUAGAUCGUAUAGAAUAUUGUGGGUAUAUGAUAGACUGCAAUGGAAUUCAUAAAAUGAGAAGCAAAAUUGACGCGAUACAAAACAUGAAAAAGCCAAGCAAUAAAGACGAAGUAAGAGCUUUCGUGGGUCUCAUAAAUUACUAUGGAAGAUUUUUAAAAGGGUUUUCUGAGGCAGGCGAUGAACCGGCAGCGGAUGCAGGAGGUUCAGGUAAGGAAAAUAAUCAGGAAGUGUUAGGACGAUCAGAGAGACAAAGAAGGAAACUGGAUAUAUGGGGUUACGAGAAGAUAUAA